UUCAAGUGCUGCGGCAGCAACAACUCGCGGGACUGGCAGGAGAGCGCGUGGAUCCGGUCGGGGGAGGCCGAGGGCCGCAAGUUCCCCGACAGCUGCUGCAAGACGGUGGUGAGGGGCUGCGGGCAGCGCGACCACGCGUCCAACAUCUACAAAGUGGAGGGCGGCUGCAUCACCAAGCUGGAGAGGUUCAUCCAGGAGCACCUGCGCAUCAUCGGGGCCGUCGGCCUGGGCAUCGCCUGUGUCCAGAUCUUUGGGAUGAUUGUCACCUGCUGCCUGUACAAAAGCCUGAAGCUGGAGCACUACUAGUGCCCGCCGGGGCAGCGGGCCGCCUCUCCGCUAACUUAUUGCCGGCUUUCUUUCCCUUUUAUACCCGAGCUACUUGCGCCAAGGCUGACUGCUGAGGGGGCGUCAGGGCUGCCCGUGCCCAAGUCCUCCUAGGCUGCCCAGAACCCUCCCCUCCCCCAGGACACGGCCUCCAGACAGUGGAAGCUGGCCGCGCUCCCUCCGCCUCAGUGGGCAGAAGGGUUGCCUUUUUCAGGAAGCCCUUUGGCUGGAGGUGCCUGUGACCCCAGCAGGGAUUCAAGUGCCUUGAGGGUCUCUCGACUCCAUUGACUGUAUGCGCCCCGGGGAGGCCCCAGGCUUGGCCAGGUCCCCCACUGGGUAGCUAUUGGGAGGGGGUUGGAUCGAGCAGUCUCUCUCUCUGAGACGGUUCAUUAAAGCCUCCUUUUGGCCACCAUCGGCUUAGCCCGUUCUUGGGGGGACGGAGCAGCGUGGCUGGGGGGGUCUCCCCGACACAGGAAUGCCAGGCCCCUGCGGGUGGGGUGGGGAAAGGUUGGUUCUGCCAGGCUGACGGUCUGUGGGUCUAUGAGCACCUGCUGCAGGGUGCCCAGGAGCCGAGCGAUCAGUGAGUGGAGCAUUCUGGGUCUUGUGUCACUCGGCUGGCCAGCCGGUCUUUAAUCACUUCUGUGGCCCAUUUCCCCUUCCCAGCGGCCUCCAGUGGUUGCCCGAUCUACCCCUCCUUCCCCCUCCCACAGGACCUCUCCUACUCGGCCUGGGGAUGGUAGGUGGGACGCAGGCACCAAGGGGGACUCCCCAAUCUGCCCACACCCCUCAUUCCCUCUCUGGUGUGUCGGACUCCCCAACAUGGCUAUUCUGGGAAAAGGUGGAGGAGCCCCAGCAGACCCUCAGUAAACACGCAGCCCCCACCCCCACCUCGGCUUCCCCAUCGGCUGUUCUGCCACGACACCAUCUUAAAAGCUUGAAAUAAAAUUCUUUUGUAUUCCUGGA